AUUGCAAGGAGAUAUGCUGAGUUCUCUGCUGCUUUAGUCAGUCUUAAUGAAGUAUUCCCAGAUGAACGGGUCAACAAAUUACUUGCACAGUUACAAGCCGAGGUGGAAAAUUUCAUCCUCCGUAUGGCAGCUGAGUUUCCAAACCGAAAAGAACAGCUGAUAUUCUUGAUAAAUAACUAUGAUCUGUUACUCAGUGUUAUGAUGGAACGUACAAAGGAUGACUCCAAAGAGUCAGAGUGUUUUCAACAACUAUUGAAUGCCAGAACUCAAGAGUUUGUUGAAGAAAUCUUAGCACCAUACUUUGGUGGAUUGAUUACAUUUGUGAAAGAGUCAGAAGGUGCCUUGGAACGAGGACAGAUUGAUCAAUUAAAACGUGAAGAACGACGUGUUCAGCAACUAGUUAGGGGAUUUGCUGCUGAUUGGAAACAUGCUAUAGAGAUUAUAAACCAAGAUAUCAUGCGUUCAUUCACUAAUUUUAAAAAUGGUACAAAUAUAUUACAGGGAGCAUUAACGCAGCUUAUCCAGUAUUAUCAUCAGUUUCAGAAAGUGCUUUCACAGAAUCCAUUUAAGAACAUGCCGAUCCGUAGUGAACUUAUCAAUAUACAUCAUGUCAUGGUGGAAGUUAAAAAACACAAACCAACUUUUUAAUUUUUACAAACAUUGUUACAGAGAUAGACUGUAGCUGUACUAAAUGUUUACUUGGUACAACCCAAUAAGGAUUGGGAAAUAUAUAGAUAUUACCAAUUAUAAAUACAGCUAGCCGAUGCCAUGGUAACACUAGAUGAAGGUUAAAUUAAUCUAAAAUUAAGACUACAAUGUAUAUGUGCAAACCAAUGCAGCGCACGUUGGCACAAGAGUUCUAAUCAUGUCUGUCAAAGUUGUUUUGAUCAAUAUCAUUAUGGAAGAUGCUCAACGCUGACUAUGAUCAGUAUCAGAGAGUUGCUUCAUUACAUAGAUCUACCUCUGUAAUUUAUAAUUCUUUGUAUAGACAGUUGACAUUUUGAUCGCAUCAAAUAACAUUGUAUGUGAUCCUGUUAAUAAAACAAUGUGUGGGUAACAUUGUCACAGCAGUUCGUGAGCUAGUACUGAUCAGUGAGUCACAUUUGUUGUCAGAUAGUCGCAUGAUGGUUUGUAUUAACGUAAACAUGACGUCACAGUGCGACGCCUUAUAUGCUGUGCUGGAAAAUUUCAUUUGAUUUCAUUCCAUAUAUCAAAUCAACUGACAUUUGCUGGAUGGUAUUAAAGAAUAUCCUCCGCAAAUGUAGACCAAUUUGAACUCAUAUCAAGCCUUUACUCAAUGUGGUAACAUAGUUAUAAUUUAUACGAAUAAGUGACAUGACAUAUUUCCAGUCAAAUCAAUUC